AUGUCGAAGGACAACACUGGUUCAUUUGAAAACAUUGAACCUCCAACACCAAUACAAGCUUCUUCUGAAACAUCUCAAGUGCCAACCCCAAUGGUGAACAAUGUUGAUGAUUAUGAAUACCUUUAUGUAACAGAAGCACUUUCUGCUUAUCCAAAUUGUUACACCACUGAAUGGGAUGACAUGUUUGAGAGUGCUAGGGCACCUGUGUGUGAGGAUUUAUCUACCUAUUUUUUCAAUCCUCUUAAGCCACAGUUACCUUUGAGUGUUCUCAUACCAAGUGAGCCACAAAACACUAGUGUUGGUGACAGUCUUGUUGACUCUUCCAAAUUGGUUGUGGAUAAACCUCACAACCAAAUUUUGGAUUCUGCAGCAGCUGAUUCAUCUCUCAAGCCGAGGAAACGAGGCCGGCCGAAGAAAAUUAAAACUGAUGUUGUUGCAGGGUCGUCACAAAAGGUGAAUCAGCUCAGUCUUGAACCCAAGAAGAAACGUCUUCCCAAGUCCAAAUGA